AUGGGUUCAGAAACUUUCAUGGAAGUUAUUCUAGCAAUACUCCUACCAGCUGUUGGGGUUUUCCUUCGUUAUGGCUGUGAAGUGGAGUUUUGGAUAGACUUGUUGCUGACAAUAUUGGGGUACAUACCAGGAAUCAUAUAUGCUCUUUAUGUGUUGGUAGGAUAAUGUGAAAGAGGUUGAUAAUGUACUGGGAAUCAUAUGUGACAUGUACUUGUUU